AUGUAUUUCAGAACAGCCCAUAAUGAACUAGAAAAAACUCGUCGUGCACAUCUACGAAAUUAUUUGGAUAUAUUGAAAGAUCUCGUGCCAAGUACCGCGAAUAAUUCACGAAAUACAACACUUUUGCUAUUGUCUCGAGCUCGUGACCACGUUUUGGUUUGUCCUUUUGUUUUUAUUUCCAUUUUUUUUAAAUAUUUAAAAAAAAUUUGGAAAAAAAGUCUAUUUUUAUCAUCGAAAAAGGAAAAACAAUAUCGACUCGAACUAAUUCGAAUUGCUAAAAUGGAAAUGAAAACAAGUGAUAACGAUAGCAAUAUUAGCGUUAUUACGAAUACUAAUACGGAUGAAGAACUAAGUCGGUCUGAUAGUGUAAGUACGAUAUCAGUCGUUUCGGAUGAUGAAAAUGAGCAAGAUCAACAACAACAACAAGAGCAGCUGCAACAGCAGCAACUAUUCGUCGAUGCAAGUAGUCCGGUUUAUUUCGAAUAUAGUCCUUCGAUAAAAUCCAUAAUUGAACCAAUGACACCAUCGAUGACAUUAUCACCAUCAUUAUCACCAUCCUCAACCUCAUCAUCAUCCUCAUCAUCAUCGUUGUCGGCAUCAUCGUUAUCAGCAUCAUCAUUAUCAUCAUCAUCAUUAUCAUCAUCGUCAUUCCCUGUACCACCUGUCGAUUUUUAUCUCGAUGGCCUUUUGCCUCCUUUACCUUUAUUAUAUCCUCGUGUCUCUAAUUAUCCUUAUUUUGCUGUCGCUUCUCAUUCUACUGCUGAUAAUCUCAUGACUCCAUAUUUCCUUAUUAAGGCUGGUAUUUUGUAA